GUGUGUGUGUGUGUGUUACAUUCGAUAGAAGGCUCCUUCGGAUUUGUAUUUAUUUCUCUCUCCCGAUCGAAACAGAACACAAAAUUACACAAAAAAAAAACUCCCAGCCAUUUCACUAGUUUAAUGUUUCAAUCCGAGGUCAGAAAAAUCAGAACUUUACGCAAAACACGAUUUCGGAAAAAUUGAAGCUCGUUUGCAUUUUAUCUAAAAACGUCGAAACAAGAAAUCACUUCCGUUUGCAAAAAAUCUUUGUCCGUGGAGAUCGCUUUUCGUUUUCUUAAUUUUUUUUUUAUUUAAAUAAUUUUCUGUGUUUCAACGCUGGCGUACAACAAACGUGAAAAAAUACAAUGGAUUGCCCACAUUUAUGCGAUAGUGUUAAAUUGAAUCGUGUUUUUAUAAAGAAUAAAAAAUGUGAAUUAAGUACAGCGGCUGAUGGGACUAGUCUAUCGGAAAAAGUCUGGAAAUGUUUCGAAUGCACAUCGAUCAAGGACAAUUGGAUGUGCCUAAAUUGUGGCACCGUGUUGUGUGGACGUUACGACAAUAGGCAUGCAUUGAAUCACUCCAGUAAAAGUGUCGACCACGAUGUCUGUUUGAACACGUCGAACGGGUCGGUGUACUGUUACAAAUGUGAUGACUUUGUGAUCAACGACACAGACAAAAAUGCAUUGUGCGAUCUGCGACACGAGCUGCGCGAUGACGAUUCACUAUCCGAAACAUCAACCUUUGAAUCGUCAUCGACGAAAACACAAGAAACAGCCAGCACAUCGUCCAGUGAUUCGGGUUGGGAGGAACCGAAUCGGAAAUUGAGACCGAGGAAACGGACUACGUCGAGCGACAGUACGGAAGUGGUGACGAAGCGAAAGAGUUUGCGGAAGGUAGUCGGACUGCGAAAUCUGGGCAACACAUGCUUCAUGAAUUCCGUAUUGCAAUCGCUGAGUAACAUCCAGGAAUUUAGUUGCUACUUCAGUGCGCUACCUUCACUAGAAUCAAAGGCGCAGAAACGCGUCUACCAUUCCAGAAGCUUAAAGGAGAACAUGAACGAUGCGAACGUCGUUGAAGAAUUGCGUAAAAUUUUGCGUAAUUUGAGUGACGGUGGCGACGGUUCCAAGGCCAUAUCGCCGGAAUGUCUGUUUCUGGUGAUUUGGAAAGUGGUGCCACAAUUUCGCGGUCAUCGUCAGCAUGAUGCUCAUGAAUUUUUGCGUUACAUGCUCGAUCGUCUGCACACAGAAUUUCAACAUUUAACGGUACCGAUGGACAGUCUAUCCGGCGGUAAGCCAAAAGUGUUAAAUGCACCGAACGCAACAGACAAUGGAAGUAUUAUGUUUAAAGGCCGUAGUUCGAUAGUGACGAAUGUGUUCGGCGGCACCUUGCAAAGCGAGGUUCGAUGCUUGAUCUGUGGUAUGGAAAGCAAGAAACAUGAUCCGUUUUUGGAUCUAUCACUCGACAUUCCUGAAAAGUUUUACAAAGAGUCGGAUGACGAUAAAAAGCCUAUUUGUCAUAUAGCCGACUGUUUGUCCAGUUUCACAGAGAUUGAAGAAUUAGCCGAAACCGAGCUGUAUUACUGUAGUUCCUGCAAAUGUAAGCAGAAAUCAACGAAACGCUUCUGGAUCCGUCGGCUACCGAACGUGCUAUGCUUACACAUAAAGCGGUUCCGAUGGAACAACUUCUAUCGAACCAAAAUCGAUUUGCGCAUUUCAUUUCCAAUCACAUCCAUGGACAUGUCACAAUUCGUAUUGAACAAUGGACCGGAAACGAGACGUUCGAAUGCAGGCAGUAAUGUGUACGAUCUGGCUGCGGUGAUUGUCCAUCAUGGAAAUGGUUCGAGUUGUGGUCACUACACCUCGUUCGCUAUAAACAAUGGAACCUGGCUACAUUUUAAUGAUCAUACGGUGAAAGAGGUGGGCGUGAAGGCCGUAGCCGAAUGUAAACCAUACAUUCUAUUUUACAAUCGACGAGAAAUGAACAAAACUUUAUGAGAUUAGAUUAUAAGACUGAGAGUGAAUUAAACAUUAAACAGAAAAAAGAAAAA